GGUGCUGGUGCGCAGGGUCGGAAGCGCUCGCGUCGCUCUUCCGCUGCCAAUUCUUGCUCCUGAGUCUUUGCAACUGUUGGGUGAAGUUCCCCGCGAGGCUGUGGGAGUUCGUGGGAGCCCGGACACAGGCAGGAUCUGAGGACGGAGAAAGGGGAUGGUGGUGUUUGAGGACGUGGUUGUGAACUUCAGCUGGGCAGAGUGGCAGCACCUGGAUGAUGAGCAGAGGAGCCUGUACAGGGACGUGAUGCUGGAAACCUACAGUCAUCUGGAGUCCUUGGGACAACCCAUCAACAAACCGGAAGUGAUUGUCAAGUUGGAACAAAGGGUGGAGCCAUGGACCAUUGAACCCAUAAAACAAAAUCUCUUAGAUUUUCUGCAUGUAGAUGUUUUGAUUGAAAAUGACCAGAAGAAUCAGGAUAGACAUUUCAGGCAUGAUGCAGCCACUGAGAGGGAAGCAGCAAGAAAGGCUCUAAUGGACUUAGAAAAUCCUUUAAAUCUGAGCUCAAGCUAUGUUUCAAAAGUCAUGACCAAUAUCGGGAACAGUUCUGCCAUCAUCAAGAAGGAGGAGGAUGUCUGUGAGAACACGUUUCUCAACAUUGACCCUGAUGAGUUGUAUCCUGUACAGAAUCAUGAGGUUCAUACAACUGUCUACAGUAAUAUUUUUACUUUCCCUGAAUGUGCAGAAAUGCAGACAGAUGGAGAACCUCAUGAAGGUAAAAUAUCUAGUCAGUGCCCAACCAUAAAUAGAUAUCGGAGAAAACAUAUGAGAGAGAAAAUUAGAUACAUAUGUUCAGAAUGUGGGAAAACCUUAUCCCAGAGACGAGGACUCAUUCAACACCAGAGAAUCCACACAGGCGAGAAGCCCUAUGAGUGCAAAGAGUGUGGGAAAUCCUUCAGUCGGAAGUCAGACCUCACCGUCCAUCAGAGAAUUCACACAGGAGAGAAACCCUAUGAGUGUAAAGAGUGUGGGAAGACUUUCUCCUGGAGGAAAGGACUCACUUUACAUUAUAGAACUCACACAGGAGAGAGGCCCUAUGAAUGCAAACAGUGUGGGAAAACUUUCUCUUCAAACUCAGCCCUCAAUGUCCAUCUAAAAAGUCACACAGGAGAGAAACGCUUUGAAUGUAAAGAAUGUAGGAAAUCAUUCUUCUUGAAGUCCUACCUCGUCAUUCACCAGAGAAUUCACACAGGAGAGAAACCCUAUGAGUGUAAAGAAUGUGGGAAAACUUUCACCUGUAAGGCUCACCUCACUGUCCAUCAGAGAGUUCACACCGGAGAGAAGCCCUAUGAGUGUAAAAUUUGUAAGAAACUUUCUCCUGGAGGAAAGCCUCGUUUUACAUCAAGAGCUCACUGA